AAAAAGGAAAGUUUGAAAAGAUUACUGAGGGAGUAUUUUAAGAAACUUUAAAAAAACUGGUUUCUACGUUGGAAAUCAUCGUGUAAUGUUCAUCGUGAGCUUCCAUUAACGCAAGAUACACAUAAAAAUCAAACCAAUCCGUGAAGAAACUGCACUCCCCCUUUUGUAAAGAACAUUACCUUUGGGACACUCACUCUACUCUUUUCAUUACUCCCGUGUACUGUCUGAUAUGUACCCUCCUUUUCUCUAAUCCAUAGCUCCGUAAUCCAUUUUACCUCACCCCUUCUCUAUUAAUUCUCACAUUUUGCCCAUUUCUCUUUGUUUCGGACUGUUGGAUCUCCAGGUUCUGGUCCCUUAUUCGCCUCUAAUCGGAGCUCGAGGCAAUGUCGCAGGGUUAUGCAAUUGAGCUAUACUUUGAUCCUGCGCUUGAGAACCAGGUGUUGAAGGCAUGGAAUGUGUUAGCUAGAAGACAGAUCAGCACUCAGCUCAUUGAGAUUGAAUCCAGACCGCACAUUACCCUCUUCUCGAGCUCCCUGUUUGACCCUUUCAAGCUUGAGAGUACAGUGAAGAAUUUUGUGUCAAAGCAAGAGCCUUUGCCCCUAUCGUUCGCAUCCAUUGGGAGCUUCUCGAAUGACAAUAAUCUGCUCUUUCUUGCCCCAACCCCAACUUUAUCUCUCCUUCAGUUUCAUUCACAGCUGUUUGAUUUGAUGAGAAAGGAAGGGGUUGAAAUGGGGGAGGAGUAUCGCCCCGAUACAUGGCUUCCCUAUUGCCCUGUAGCUGAAGGGGUGCCUAAGGCUCGUAUGGCAGAGGCUUUUAAUGUGUUGAGGGACCUGAAACUUCCUGUUUCUGGCUAUGCGAUGGAUAUUGCAUUGGUUGAGUAUCCUCCAGUGCGUGAAGUGUUCUCAUUUGCCCUCGGCAAUUCAGUCGAUCCAUGAGGUUUAAAAAUAUGUAGUUGUGAUUGUAUACACUUUGAGGUCAUCAUUAUAUAUGACUGUUCCUCUAGAAACUAAGCAUUGAGUAGUAAUAUUAACUAUGGUGCUGUAGUUACCAAACUAGGCCUUGUUUUGCUGACAUAUAUGUCAUUUUACAUUUAAAUUAUGUUUUCCCACCUUUCUAUAACAAGGUCAUAAUUGCUCACUUGUGUUUCCUGGGUUCUACUUGGAUGGAGGGUUUUGAAG